UAACGGUUUAAGAACGUUGUCAACGUGCAAGCCACCUAUCGAAGCGAAGAGAAAAUGGCGGUCGCCACCGGAGUUAGCGUAAUUGCCCUCACGCCGGCAUCCAAAGCCGACGCCAAUUACCACAGACCCACUGAACUCAAAGCUUUCGACGAUACUAAAGCCGGCGUUAAAGGCCUAGUCGACGCCGGUAUUGCUGAAAUUCCGCGCAUCUUUUACCAGCCACUGCCAGAUUACGACUCCGACAAUGUUUCCGGCGAAACCCACCACUGUAUUCCGGUGAUAGACCUCCACCACGUCGACAAAAAUCCCCUCCAACGCGAAAUUGCCGUCGAAAGAAUCCGAGAAGCUUCAGAGAAAUUGGGUUUCUUCCGAUUGAUCAACCACGGGAUUCCGGUGAGCGUUCUUGAAGAGAUGAAAGAUGCGGUUCGGAGAUUUCACGAACAAGACACGGAAGUGAAGAAACAAUAUUACACACGCGACCCCACGAAGCCUGUGAUUUACAACAGUAAUUUCGAUCUGUACAGCGCAGCGGCCACCAAUUGGAGGGACACAUUUGGGUAUAUAAGUUCCCCAAAUCCUCCCAAUCCACAAGACUUGCCCGAAAUUAUAAGAGAUAUUGUGGUUGAUUACUCGAAAGAAGUGAUGAAAAUUGGGAAAUUGCUGUUUGAAUUGUUGUCGGAGGCUUUGGGGCUGAACCCAAAUUACUUGAAUGACAUAGGGUGCAGCGAGGGGCUUGCACUUGGGUGCCACUAUUACCCGCCAUGCCCACAGCCCAAAUUGACCAUGGGCACAUCCGAGCAUAGUGAAAAUGUCUUCAUUAAUGUGGUGUAUCAAGACCACGUCGGAGGUUUUCAGAUCCGUUGCCAGAACAAGUGGGUCGGCGUGCCCCCUGUCGCCGGAGUGUUGGUCGUCAACAUCGGAGAACUUAUGCAGCUAAUAACAAACGACAGAUUCAUAAGCGUGGUGCAUAGGGUUGUGGCAAAGAAGGAGGGUCCGAGAAUUUCAGUUGCAGGGAUUUUUUCUACGCUUACUUUCCCGAACCCAAAACUGUAUGGACCCAUAAAAGAACUGUUAUCGGAAGAGAACCCUCCAAGGUGCAGAGAAACCACCAUCAGAGAAUUGUAUCUCCAGUAUCGUGAAGAUGGUCUUGGGACUUCUACACUGCAGCGUCUUAAGCUUAAAGCUGAUGUUUAAUUGCAUAGAAAAAAAGGUAUAGUUUUCAUAAUUUCUUGGCUCGGUUUUGCCAGGACCAAUCCUGUUUUCCCACCAUGAAAUGUACCUUAAUAUGUUCAGGUUGGCCUCUUUGAUUCAAUGUUGGUCAAGAAAGUGAUGAAUUCCUCAUCUUAUCCUUUAUAUGUUAUAAUAUAUAAUACAAUACGUUUAUAUAUGCUCGAGAUCAUGCCUUGUGCAACCAUAAAUUGUUAUUAUUAAACAAUAUCAA